AUGAGUAAAAUUACAAAGGAGGAAGCCUAUAAGUUAAAGAAAUUGUUCUUUAAAUCCUAAAAUAUACUCGAUAAAUAUUAACCUAAGAAAUAUACCAACAUUUCCUCUCGAUUACCAUCUCUUCAAACUUGUCAAUCACCAAAAACAGUCUUGCCAAUGAAACAGUGUGUUACUUAAUCGAUUAAAGAACUUCUAAAUGCCAAUGUAUAUUAAUAUAUUGAAGGAAUCCUGUACACCGAAGAUUGUGUAAUGCCUCUAAAAAAAUAACCUUAGAAAGUUAAAAAAAUUGUUAGAUUUGUUGAUUGA